UAUGUCUGAAAUUUGUGUGUUUUUCUUCUAAGCUCCACAAUGAGGAUGACCCCCCAGAGCCUUCAGCAGCUGAGCAGCCCUCCACGUCUACAACAGAGACUGUGCAGACACCCCAGACAGCAGCCUUAUCUGAAGCAGAUACUUCCCCUCCACCGUACUGUAGCAUAGCUGUAGAAGCAGCUGCAACCUCAGAAACACACAAUGAAUUUUAUCCUGUACCACCUCCAUACAGUGUAGCUACCUCUCUUCCUACUUACGACGAAGCAGAGAAGGCCAAAGCUGCAGCAAUGGCUGCUGCUGCAGCAGAAGUUGCCCAGCGAGAAGAAGAGUAUCCACCGCGGGAUGAUUUCAGUGAUGCAGAUCAGCUUAGAGUGGGCAAUGAUGGCAUCUUCAUGUUGGCAUUUUUCAUGGCGUUUAUUUUCAACUGGAUUGGAUUUUGUUUAUCCUUCUGUAUAACAAAUACCAUAGCUGGAAGGUAUGGUGCAAUCUGUGGAUUUGGUCUCUCCCUGAUCAAAUGGAUUCUCAUUGUUCGGUUUUCAGAUUAUUUUACUGGAUAUUUCAAUGGGCAGUACUGGCUCUGGUGGAUAUUUCUUGUACUUGGACUCCUCCUGUUCUUUCGAGGCUUUGUUAAUUAUCUCAAAGUCAGAAAUAUGUCUGAAAGCAUGGCAGCUGCUCACAGAACAAGAUUCUUUUUCUUGUACUAAAGACUGCAUCGAACAGACAUUCCUUUCCUAUACCAGUGUGAAGCUUCCAGAUGAUCUAUAACCCUGCAAGUUAAUAGGAUAGAAGACUACUAAAACCAGAAGACAAAUUAGGGAAGAUACGGCUUCAAAAACAAAUGACGGGAUUGUUUAUGCUCAAAUACCAGUUCUGGUCAUUCUAGUAAAUAUUUAUAAUUGCUGCCUUUUGUUUUAGCACAUUUGUAUAUGUGCUUAUUAAAAAGUACUCAAGUAAGAACAAACCAUCUGUUACUAUAGAUUAGGUACAGUCAAACUUGGUUGAUCUGUGCUUGUUGUGUCUGAAAGAUUUAAGUGGUAACUUGUUUCACAGCGUCUAUGUACCACUGACUUAUUGAUCUGAAUGUUGAAUACAAUGAAAUGCAUUAAAUGAUUCAGAUUAACCCAUUUAGACAGGGGUUUUUUAUAUAAUUUAGAUUCGUCUAAUGCUCGUGUAGAACACUUUUCAAGUUUACUAAACCCCAAAAUUCCUUGUUGUCACAAACUUGUAUUUGCCAAUAUUUUAUCAAAUUCAAACCAAUAUAGUGGUUUGCUUAAAAUGAUACUCCACUUUGAGUCCCCUGUAAAUAACUGCAUAAAUGACUGUUUGAAUUGCUUCUUAGGAAAUAUGUCAAAAUAUAUUUUGUAACAGCAUAUUCUCUAAAUUUUGUUUAAUCUUAUAGCUAUAUACUUUUUUUUGUUAAUUGGCUUAUUAAGGGUAUAGUAACUAUUAGAUGUAAUUUUGGAGGUAAAGGCAUUGAGUUGUUUGUCUCAUCCUAACUUUCCUCACAUGCAUUGUUAUUAACUGGUUUGGGCUUGAGCCUGAAGUAUGUUAUUCAUAUGCAUGAUCCCAUUAAAAUCAUAGAAUUGUUUAGGUUGGGAAAGACAUUUAAGAUCAUCAAGUCCAACUGCUAACCUAGCACUGCUUUGUUCGUGUUAGCAGGGCUGGGCAGCCUUACAUGUUUAGUCCUUGGUCAUGCAGUUGAAUCCCCAUAGGUGCACCUUUGUUCCUGAGACAGAGUAUAACACUGGUUCUGUUUAAGAAGUCUUGAGCUUAGUAUAAAUACAAAGCCCACACUGAGGGCUUCUCUAAAGAAAAAUCAUGUAGCUGUCUUACAAUGCUUGUUUAGAAUAAAUACUUCACCAUUUCCUGAGAAUAAACUAAUUUAAAUGUAAGGUAAUUUUUGAAAUAAUCUACAAAAAGGUAGAAAAAAAAUUAUCUUACUUUUAAAGCUCUGAAAGUAGAAAAUGUGUUGCACCUCUCCUUAAAAUUCAUUUAAGGUUUACCAUUAAUUUCUUAUAAAUAUCAUCUCUUUAAGGGGUACUGCCUGCUGUUCAUGCAUGUGUGGUUUCCUUUGAAGUUUGUGAAAUUUAGGAUUCUCCUUGAGUAGGAGAAUACAUCUCUCAGUCCUUUGCACAACUGGAAUCUCAGUUGCAAAAAUACGUUGGCUGUUGGUUGCACCUUUGAGGAAAAAAUUACAAAUACUUCCUCCAGUUUUUCUUUUUAUUUUAGAAUUUUGCCUUUUUAUUACUAACUUUAAGAACAGUGAGGUUUAUGUUGUUUUAAGUUAGUGCUGUAUUCAGUUUUGUAUCUAUAAUGAAUGUUUAAAAUAUACAUAUAGAAACUGGUCACAUUAUUCAUUUUCUUGAUCUUUCAGAGAUACUGACGGAGACUAAAACUUUAAGGGCAUCUCCACUUCCCAGGUUUUUAUGGAAAGAAUAAAAUUUAGCAUUAUGUUCAGUAUUGGAUUGGGAUUUCCUUCUAAACUCAUCUGUUUAUUUCUGUGUUCUUUUGCAUUCAUUGUCCAUACAAAAAGGAAGUGGAUAAUAAAACAUUGCUUUGUUUUACUAA